AUGUCGACCACACUUCUGCCCGCCUUCUACGACAUCGACUUCUUGUGCAAGACGGAGAAAUCCCUGGCCAACCUCCAUCUGAACAACAUGCUGGACAAGAAGGCGGUGGGCACGCCCGUGGCCGCCGCCGCCGCCCCCAGCGCGGCCUUCACGCCGGGCUUCCUCCGACGGCACUCGGCCAGCAACCUGCACGCGCUCGCCCACCCCGCGGCGCCCAGCCCGGGCAGCUGCUCGCCCAAGUUCCCGGGCGCGCCCAGCGGCGGCGGCGGCGGGGUGGCGGGGAGCCCGGCUGCGCCCUACAGCAGCAGCCUCAAGGAGCCGUCGGGGGGCGGCGGCGGCGGCGGCGGCGGCACCGCGCUGCUCAACAAGGAGAACAAAUUCCGGGACCGCUCCUUCAGCGAGAACGGCGAGCGCAGCCAGCACCUCCUGCACCUGCAGCAGCAGCAGCAGCAGCCGAAGGGCGGCGGCGGCGGCGGCGGCGGCUCCCAGAUCAACUCCACGCGCUACAAGACGGAGCUGUGCCGGCCCUUCGAGGAGAGCGGCACGUGCAAGUACGGCGAGAAGUGCCAGUUCGCCCACGGCUUCCACGAGCUGCGCAGCCUGACCCGCCACCCCAAGUACAAGACGGAGCUGUGCCGCACCUUCCACACCAUCGGCUUCUGCCCCUACGGGCCGCGCUGCCACUUCAUCCACAACGCGGACGAGCGGCGGCCUGCGCCCUCGGGGGGUGGCGGCGGCGGCGGCGCCUCCUCCGGGGGGGACCUGCGCACCUUCGGUGCCCGCGUUGGCGGCGAAGCGCUGGCCCUGGGCUUCCCCCGGGAGCCGCGGCCCAAGCUGCACCACAGCCUCAGCUUCUCGGGCUUCCCGUCGGGCCACCACCACCAGCCUCCCGGCGGCGGCGGCGGCGGCGGGGGCCUGGAGUCCUCGCAGCUGCUGCUGCUCGACAGCCCCACGUCCCGCACGCCGCCGCCGCCGCUGCCCUCCUGCUCCUCGGCCUCCUCCUCCUCCUGCUCCUCGUCCGCGUCCUCCUGCUCCUCCUCCACCUCCGCAGCCUCCACGCCCUCGGGCGCCCCGACGUGCUGUGCCUCCUCCGCCACGGCGGCUGCAGCGGCGGCGGCGGCCGCGCUCCUCUACGGUACGGGCGGCGCCGAAGACCUGCUGGCCCCCGGCGCCCCGUGCGCCGCCUGCUCGGCCGCCUCCUGCGCCAACAACGCCUUCGCCUUCGGCCCGGAGCUCACCAGCCUCAUCACGCCGCUCGCCAUCCAGACCCACAACUUCGCCGCCGUGGCCGCCGCCGCCUAUUACCGCUCCCAGCAGCAGCAGCAGCAGCAGCCGGGCCUGGUGCCCCCCGCGCAGCCGCCCAGCGCGCCCCUGCCCGCCGCCGCGCCCCCCUCCCCGCCCUUCAGCUACCAGCUGCCGCGCCGCCUGUCCGAGUCGCCCGUGUUCGACGCGCCCCCGAGCCCCCCGGACUCGCUGUCGGACCGCGACAGCUACCUGAGCGGCUCCCUGAGCUCCGGCAGCCUCAGUGGCUCCGAGUCCCCCAGCCUGGACCCCGGCCGUCGCCUGCCCAUCUUCAGCCGCCUUUCCAUCUCCGACGACUGA